AUGUCCAACCGGGAGGAGGCCCCGGGGAAGACCUAGGAGACGCUGGAGGGACUAUGUCUCUCGGCUGGCCUGGGAACGCCUCGGUAUUCCCCCGGAGGAGCUGGAGGAAGUGGCUGGGGAGAGGGAAGUCUGGGUGUCCCUGCUUAGACUGCUGCCCCCGCGACCCGGGCCCGGAUAAGCGGUAGAAGAUGGAUGGAUGGAUGGAUGAAUAUUUAAUACUGUCCAAAAUUAAAGACAUGACAAAUCGUUUUUCAGUCUAAGAUAAGUGCAGAUUAGAUAUUUGGACAAACACAGUCAUCCAACUUGUUUGGGUGGAGAUGAUAUCUGCAAAUCUACACAUGAAGGUUCAGAUGUUUUAGAUAUUUACAGUGACAGAGGAGAAGAAAGGAGGAAGUCUUUAAAAUGUACAUUAAUUUCUUUGUUAAAUAUCUGUGUCCUUUAGGUUGAAUUAUCUCAUAAAUGUAUUCAAAUAUUCAAGAAUUUGAGACUUUCCUGCAUUUAUAAAGAGAUUGGAUUAAUUCUUCAGGAACAUACAGUUUAUUUUCCAAAAAGACAUCAUUUUCUACCGCUUAUCCGAACUACCUCGGGUCACAGGGAGCCUGUGCCUAUCUCAGGCGUCAUCGGGCAUCAAGGCAGGAUACACCCUGGAUGGAGUGCCAACCCAUCACAGGGCAUACACACACACUCUCAUUCACUCACGCAAUCACACACUACGGACAAUUUUCCAGAGAUGCCAAUCAACCUACCAUGCGUGUCUUUGGACUGGGGGAGGAAACCAGAGUACCCGGAGGAAACCCCCGAGGCACGGGGAGAACAUGCAAACUCCACACACACAAGGCGGAGGCGGGAAUCGAACCCCCAACCCUGGAGGUGUGAGGCGAACUUGAUAACCACUAAGCCACCGUGACCCCGAUGCAAAUAUAAUUAUUUAAAAUAUAUUAAAUAAACAGCGAGUCCUUGUUGUUAUUAAUUACAGGAGUGUCAUUUCCCCAGGUCAUUAACAUUAGUUAUUCAGGGAUUAAUCAGUAUGUAUAGUUAAUAUGUUCAAAACAGAACGUGUUUCUGUUCAAAACAGAAGUGCAGAGCGAGUCAGGUGCUGGUUAUCGCGAGAACAGGCAGAGGCUCACAUUCUGCACACAGGUGUAUUAGUCGACACGUCAUUUGCUUCUGGUUACCCAGAACUGCAGCCUGACUCCGAAGAAUGAAAGUAAAAAUUCAAGAAAAACAAGUUUACUCAUUAAUAAAACCUGUCGUUUGAACAUUAUUUGACUUCCAACUGAUUAUUUACAGAACACGUAACAACUCGGCUGAGAUUUGACUUCAAAAUGACCCAAGAGGAUAAGCCUGUCGUUCUCGUGAUGCUCCACCACACCUUUAAUCUGGACAUUGUUGUUCAAGACAUCAGACCCUAUGUGUACAGGAAGGAUGUGUUCGUUGUUGAUUGUGUCUUUCAUGAAGAUAAAGGGCUGUUGAGAUGCCUGCACAACGACAAUGCAAUCAAAGCUGUGAAGGAUCAUCUGAGCAGAAUGAAGGAUGCAUCAGUCCUCAGUGAGUUUGUUUGCAGUGAUCUGGAUCUUUGUUUUGUCCAUUUUGUUGUUAAUGGAUCUGGCAUUGGUGAGAAAAAUGGUGGGAAGCAGCGGUUUGUGUAGUUGUUUCCUAUCAAGGAUGCUGGACGAUUCUUCCAGUGCCUCCAAGAGCUGAGAAUGAUCCCUGGAGAACCCGGUGUUCUGGCUAUCCCCUCAGCACUCAGGGUCUCCUUUAUGGUUCUUGGGAACACCAUGAACGCCCACAAGCUCUUUAUGGACAAGCUCAAGUCCAAAGUGAAGCUACAUGAAGUGUCCUCGAAGGAACAAAGUGACGUCAUCAUAGCUUUUUUACCGAUUCUGUCUCGAGCUGGAAUGGACAUUCAAGCUGCUCUUGACCAAAUUCUGAAAGGACUAUCAGACCAGCGCAUCAUUCUGGUGUCUCUACACCACACAUAUGAUCCUAGUUACAUUGCUCCAGACAGCAGACACUCUGUUAACAGGAGUGACGUGUUUGCUGUUGAUUGUCUCUUUGAUGAAGACCAGGGACUGCUGAACUCCCAGUGCAAUGACAAGGCACUGAAUAGAGUAAUAAAUCACCUCGGAGGAGAAACGGCACCAGAUAAUGUCUCUGUCAUGAGCUGGUCAAGUGUGGAGCACACCACUUACAAAAGGAAAGCACAUGCUGCAGAGCUGAGAAUGAUCCAUAGAGACCCCGGUGUUCUGGCUUUCCCCUCAGAAAAACAGUUGGAAGUGCCAGUUUUAAAGGAAUUCGCAGACGUCUUCAAAGGAAUUGGACUGUUUCCCGCACUCAGUGUCUUCAUUAUGGUUCUUGGGAACACCAUGAACGCCCACAAGCUCUUUAUGGACAAGCUCAAGUCCAAAGUGAAGCUACAUGAAGUGUCCUUGAAGGAACAAAGUGACGUCAUCAUAGCUUUUGUACCGAUUGUGUCUCGAGCUGGAACGGACAUUCAAGCUGCUCUUGACCAAAUUUCGAAAGGACUAUCAGACCAGCGCAUCAUUCUGGUGUCUCUCCACCACACAUUUGAUCCUGGUUACAUUGCUCCAGACAGCAGACACUCUGUUGACAGGAGUGACGUGUUUGCUGUUGAUUGUCUCUUUGAUGAAGGCAAGGGACUGCUGAACUCCCAGUGCAAUGACAAGGCACUGAAUAGAGUAAUAAAUCACCUCGGAGGAGAAACGCCACCAGAUAAUGUCUCUGUCAUGAGCCGGUUUAGUGUGGAGAACACCGCUUACAAAAGGAAAGCUUUUGCUGCAUGUGUUGGUGCAGUUAUUGGUGCAGUUUCUGGAGCAGCUAUUGGUCUUGGUGCAGCUAUUGGUGCUGCUAUUGGUGCUGCUAUUGAGCUGAGAAUGAUCCAUAGAGACCCCGGUGUUCUGGCUAUCCCCUCAGCACUCAGUGUCUUCAUUAUGGUUCUUGAUAACACCAUGAACGCCCACAAGCUCUUUAUGGACAAGCUCAAGUCCAAAGUGAAGCUACAUGAAGUGUCCUCGAAGGAACAAAGUGACGUCAUCAUAGCUUUUGUACCGAUUCUGUCUCGAGCUGGAACGGACAUUCAAGCUGCUCUUUACCAAAUUCCGAAAGGACUAUCAGACCAGCGCAUCAUUCUGGUGUCUCUCCACCACACAUAUGAUCCUAGUUACAUUGCUCCGGACAGCAGACACUCUGUUAACAGGAGCGAUGUGUUUGCUGUUGAUUGUCUCUUUGAUGAAGACCAGGGACUGCUGAACUCCCAGUGCAAUGACAAGGCACUGAAUAGAGUAAUAAAGCACCUCGGAGGAGAAACGGCACCAGAUAAUGUCUCUGUCAUGAGCCGGUUAAGUGUCGUGGACAACAAUAAACAGAUUGUUGGGAUAAUCACUGAGCUGAUCCUUGGUUUUCUUUUGACAGAAAGAUUCCUAUUCUUUAUGUUUGGGAUUUUUCUGCUGAUUAUCAUGGUUGUCCUGAAUUUCUGCUGCUAUAGCAAGUGGACUUUUUGGAUUGUUUAUAGCAUAAAUAUUGUGUUUUUUUUUUUAUCAUUAUGAGCAGCAUGACUGAGAAUCAGGAUUCACAUAAGUAUUACAACAGAAUUUAAAAUGAGUAAUAAAAAAAAUUCUCCAAGUUUUGAUUUGUGAUUGAAAUUGAUGUGUGUAAGCUGUAAAAUCUCAAUAGACUGAGAAUAACUAUAUGGUCCAAUUACUGAGAUACCUAACAUAACUGAACAGACAAAUGAUGCUAAACGGAUAUUAUUUUGCCUGAUAUUGUCUGUGUAUGUUCUGGUUUAAACAACCGAAGACUUGAUACUCAAAAAAAAAGCAUGUAUCUGCUCAAUAAUAAAUUAGAGGAAUGAGAAACAAAAA